AUGCCAAAUAAAAAACUAACUGACAAGGCGAUAGAAAAAAUUCUAGAUGAUGAUGAUUGGUCUGGUAGUGAUUCUGAUGAUGAUUUAGUUUACAGUGAUUUUAUAAUUAGUCCUUCAAGGUCAUUUUUGCAACAAAAUGAGGAGGAUAGAAUUGAGAUGCGACUUGAAGAGAUAUUGGGGAUCGAUGAUUUAGGUGACAAAGAACAUGAGGAAACUACAAGUACACAACAACCGUGUGAGAACUUAUUAGAAAUACUAAACCCGGAAAAUCCUGAUUGUACUAUAAUACCAAGUAGUGAUAGUGGUGGUAGUGCUAAUUUUGAAAUACACGUAGGGGCACAAAAUCUAAUUUCUGACAGUGAUUUAGUAGUAUCAAUUGAGCAUAAAAUAGGACUAGAUACGAUUCCAGAAAAUGCCUCCACCGAUGAUCCCCUUCAACAAGAAGACAUUUCUGAACAUGUUGAGCAACUUGUCAGUAACAUAGACGAAAAUUUAGUUAGAGAGAAGGAUUUGCAAACCCCACUGAGUUCUACAGUGCAAAAAAAUAGAUCUCAGCCACGGAUAUGGAAAAUAUGUAGAACCACGCACGACACUCCAAACUUUGACAAAAAAAUUCAACCUAAAUCUGAAUUUAACCAUAAAACUGAACCAAUAACCAUUUUUGAAAAUUUCUUUCCGGAUUAUUUAAUACAAGUAAUUGUUGAACAAACAAAUAGAUAUGCCCGCUACAAAAAUAGUAAAAACUGGGUUCAAGUCAAUGAAGAUGACAUCAAAGCAUAUUUAGGUAUUCUUAUCCUAAUGGGCUUAAAUCCAUUACCAGACAUGGAGCUUUAUUGGUCAAGUGAUUCCUUCUAUAAUAAUCCUGAAAUUUUCUGCGUAUUUACAAUAGCGCGAUUUAAGAAAAUAACAGAAAAUCUACAUCUUAAUGACAAUAGUAUCGAACCUCCAAGAGAUUCAAGAAAUUACGACAAAUUAUUCAAACCUUUGAUCACAACAUUAAAUGAAGUGUAUCAGAAUGAGGCAUACAAUUCAAGUGUACAGUCAAUUGAUGAAUGUAUGGUUUAG